AAAAGAGAAAAAAAAUCUCAGGUGUCAUCUCUAUUAGUAGCCUCACAGUGCUGUGGGCAUUAGUCCUGCUGCUAUCAAGGGGCAUUCCCUUUGCCUAGAAGAAGCCUGGUACCACGUGCCUCCCAGCUAGUCUGCUCUCCUUAUCCCUCCCUCCCUGGAUUUUGCCAGCAAUCUCAGGAGAGUGCCUCAUUUCCUAACCUAAUUAGAAAGCCAGUCCUCCCGUGACCUCAUGUUGUUUGACUUGGGCUCUGUCUAACCAUUGCCAGGUCUUUUCUCUGAGAGGUGGACCUAAAAUCAAUGACUUCUCCAAGGAUAAUUGGUUUAUUCCAUUGUAGGACAGUCUUUAGAAAUACCGAGAUCUGGUGCCCGUACUAGAAAUGGAAGCCAACCUGGGAAGUUAUAUUAUCAGAAAUCCCGUUAAGAAUAUCAGAGAAGACUUUGCAGCAAAAUCACAUGUAAGAUGACACUUGAAGAAUAACUAAGUCUUAUUAGACAAAAAGCAGUAGGAAUAAGAGUUUUCUACAAAGAGAAGGGGUUCUGUAGAGGCCCUGAGACAUUUGAGAAGUUGAAAGAUUAGUAAAAGAGAAGAGUUUUUGUAAAAUUAUUUUUUUUCUUGAGGUAACAUUGGUUAAUAACAUUAUCUAAAUUUCAGGUGUACAAUAGUAUAAUUUGAUGUCUGUAUAUUCUUUUGGGGGCUCACAACCAAAAGUCAAGUUUCCAUCUAUUACCAUUUGUUUAACCCCAUUUACCUACUUUGCCCUCUCUCCAUUUUCCUUCUCCUCUGUAACCACUAUUCUGUUCUCUGUAUCCUUGAAUUUGUUUUUAUUUUGUUAUAUUUGUUCAUUUGUUACUUUUUGUUUUAUAUUUUACAUAUGAGUUAAAUCAGACUGUUUUUGUCCUUGUCUGUCUGACUUAUUUCACUUAGCAUAAUACCCUUAAGAUCCAUUCAUGUUAUCACAAAUGACAAUAUUUUAUCUUUUAAAAAUAUAUAUAUUCUUUGUUGAUUUCAGAGUGGAAGAGAGGGGGGGAGAGAGAGAAACAUCUGUGAUGAGAGAGAAUCAUUGAUUGGCUGCCUUCUGCAUGCCCCACACUGGGGGUCAAGCCUACAACCCGGGCAUAUGGCCUGACCGGGUCAGUACUCAACCACAGAGGCAUGCCAGCUCUGCUAAUAUUAUCAUAUCUUCUUGAUCCAUUCAUCCAUUGAUGGACACCUAAGGUUGCUUCCAUAUCCUGGCUAUUAGUUUUUCCAGCACCUGAUUCAUUUCACUGAAGAAAACAGACAUAUGCCAAUGCUAAAACUCUGGCUUGGCACAGUACCAGAAAUAGCCAUAUAUAAAGCUGAAACUAUAGAGGUAAUUCUAACUAGCUCAAAGCAAAUUGACAAGUCUUAUAUGUACACUUUCCUACAACCAUGGCUUGGCCUAGGACUUCUUACAAGUACUGGAAACAAAUGGCGCUCCAGGAGAAAAAUGUUAACACCCACUUUCCAUUUUACCAUUCUGGAAGAGUUCUUAGGUGUCAUGAAUGAACAAGCCAACAUAUUAGUUAAUAAGCUUGAAAAACAUGUUGAUGGAGAAAAGUUUAACUGCUUUUCUUACAUCACUCUUUGUGCCUUAGAUAUAAUCUGUGAAACAGCUAUGGGCAAGAAUCUUGAUGCUCAGACUAAUGAUGAUUCUGAGUAUGUCCAUGCAGUUUAUAGUAUGAGUGAUUUGAUACAUCGAAGAAUGAGGACGUUUUGGCUCUGGCAUGACGUUUUGUACCUUUUGUUUAAAGAUGGAAGGGACCACAAAAGGAACCUAAAGAUCUUACAUAAUUUUACCACCAAUGUCAUCAAUGAACGGGCCAAUGAAAUAAAGAGAGAUGAAGAAGGUAAAAGUGAUGACAAGGGCACGACCCUCUCCAACAGAAAACGCAAGGCCUUUCUCGACCUGCUUUUAAAUGUGAUGGAUGAUGAAGGGAACAAGCUAAGCCUUGAGGCUAUUCGAGAAGAAGUGGACACUUUCAUGUUUGCGGGCCAUGACACAACUGCAGCUGGAAUGAACUGGACCUUGUAUCUUUUGGGUUGCCAUCCAGAAGUCCAGAAAAAAUUAGGCAAUGAGCUGGAUGAAGUGUUUGGGAAUUCUGAUCGCCCUGUUACCUUAGAAGACCUGAAGAAACUUAAAUAUCUGGAGUGUGUUAUUAAGGAGACCCUUCGUAUUUUUCCUUCUGUGCCUUUAAUUGCCCGUGAACUUAAUGAAGAUUGUGAUGUUGGGGGAUACAAGGUUGUGAAAGGCUCUCAAAUAGUCAUCAUUCCCUACGCACUGCAUAGAGACCCACGGUACUUCCCAGACCCUGAGGAGUUCAAGCCAGAGCGGUUCUUUCCCGAGAAUUCGAUGGGACGCCAUCCAUACGCAUAUGUGCCCUUCUCUGCUGGACCCAGAAACUGUAUAGGUCAAAGGUUUGCCAUGAUGGAAGAAAAGGUAAUUCUUUCAUGCAUCCUGAGGCAUUUUUGGGUAGAAUCCACCCAGAAAAGAGAAGAACUUGGUCUGGCAGGAGAGCUGAUUCUUCGUCCUACUAAUGGCAUUUGGAUCAAGUUGAAGAGGAGAAACGCAGAUGCAUCCUAACUCCAUUAUUGGGCUGUGCCUUAGUAGGAAUAAAGUCUUUCUUCAAGAGAAAUUUUGCAUUUAAAAUGUGUUAAUCCCUACACUUAAUUUUUUCUUAUCACCACUUACCUUGGGGUCAAGUCUUCCAAAGAGAGAGUUUUUAUAUUUUCAUCACCACCAUUAUCUUACCCUUGCUCUUGAUCCCAAAAGAUGAGUUAACUGAUAUCUGUACCCAAAUAAAUGUAUACAUUUCUCAA